CCCGACAGCAGACUCAGCCAUGUACGCCUUCGCCAAGCUGCUCUCUGCCCUCUCGCUUCUCGCCGUCGCUCACUUCGCCCCCGAGGCGACGGCUCAAAGUCCCCCUGCCAACCGUCCCACUGGCGGAUCCAUCUGCUCUACCACGCCGUUCUUGGUCGAGAGCGUGAUACCCGCCAAUAUCAACGACAACGGCGGCGAGCUUUUCCCGCCCCAGCCAUUGACGACGUACCCGACCUACACUGCGCUGUCCGUCGGCACUCAGAACUACACCUGCGGAGAUGACGGCACCUGGGCCGGCAGCGGUGCAAUCACCUACCUGUACGACAUCUCCUGCCUCCCGCUGGAUCACCACCAGCCGUUCACGUCGUUCAUCGCCGCACUCUGGGACGCUGCCCCGCCCACCGUGACUGCUGCAGACAUCGUCGCUCUCACUGAGAAAGUCAACCCGGGUGUCGGGUACGGCAUCCAUUACUGGAUCUCAGACCCAGUCAACGCGACAAGCGGCAAUAUCUAUGCCAAGUGGGACUUCAGCCAGUCCGAGCGGAUGGAGAACGACACCAACAAGGCGAAUGCGUACUUGGUCGCCGGCGAGUCGGCCAAUGUCCCUGCUCCGAAUGACCCUUCGGUCAACUCGAACUGGCUUGUGGAGCCUGUACUUGUGAUCAACGGGACGAAGGUCGGACAGCUGGCGGACGAGGUGUGGAGGAUCAAUUCGAACGGUGGUCAGGCCCCGAACACCACGUGCACUCCAGGAACCGACCUUCAGGUCAAGUCCACGCUGGACUUCUUGUUCUACGGUGGUGCUUGGGCGGAUACCAUCUUCUAA